UCGCGGGAAAAGUGAAAAAAAUGGCGACCGUAGAAGUUUGAAGUUUAGGUUUCGGAAACGGACAGAGAGACGGAUAGAAAGAGACACGGAGACACGGAGAACGGCUGAACGAGCGGAGACACCGACAUACACACCGUCUGUCUGUCCGUCGGGAGUUCGGUAACGGGAGGACCGGGAGAGAGGAGAGACGCAGCCCGGAUCAGAGAAGGAUGUUUGAGGACCUGAUUGAAGCCUUCUGUGGGGCGGAGCCUGAGGUGUCUCCAGGGGGCGGGUCAUGUCUGCAUGGGCGGAGCCUGGAGGAGGACGAGGAGGCGGAGUCCAGUCUGAGUGUGGGACAGUUUGUCCUCUGUCAUUGGUCAGAUGGACUCUACUACCUGGGAAAGAUACAGCGGGUGAGCCCUCCCAGGCAGAGCUGCUUCGUCACGUUUGAAGACAACUCCAAGUUCUGGGUCCUCUGGAAGGACAUCCAACACGCUGGAGUCCCAGGGGAGGAGCCCCAGUGCUCUGUGUGCCGGGAGGUGGGGCCAAACUCUGACAACCAAUCAAACAACCUGGUCCUGAUCUGUGGGAAGUGUGGCAUUGGUUUCCACCAGCAGUGCCAUGUUCCUCCAGUAGAGGGCAGCAGCAGUCUCAGUCCGUGGUUCUGCAGACGUUGUGUCUUUGCUCUGGCUGUCCGGAAGGGUGGUGCUCUGAAGAAAGGUCCGAUAGCGAAGGCCCUGUCGUCCAUGAAGCAGGUUCUGCCGUACGAGGUGGACUCUCUGGACUGGGACUCUCAGCACCGGACCAAUCAGCAGCAGUGUUACUGCUACUGCGGCGGCCCUGGAGAGUGGUACCUGAAGAUGCUGCAGUGCUUCAGGUGUCAGCAGUGGUUCCAUGAAGCAUGCACUCAGUGCCUGCAGGAGUCCAUGAUGUUCGGAGACAGGUUCUACCUGUUCCUCUGCUCGGUGUGUAAUAAAGGCUCCGAGUACGUCCGCCGGCUGUCCCUCAGGUGGGUGGACGUGGUUCACCUGGUCCUCUACAACCUGUCGGUCAGCAGCAAGAAGAAGUACUUCGAGCUGGAUGAGAUCCUUGCCUUCGUGUCCGCCAACUGGGAGCAUCUGCAGCUGGGAAAGCUGUCCAACACUCCUCCAGCAGAGAGGGGGCAGCACCUGCUGGACGCUCUCAACAAAUACAAGAGCAAAUUUCUGUGUGGGAAGGAGAUUAAGAAGAGGAAGUGCAUCUUCCGUUUGAGGACCCGGGUUCCUCCCAACCCCCCCUGCAAACUUUUUCCUGAGCGUGCUCAGAUGGACGGGUGGCGGGGCCGUAAGAAGACCACGGCCAGCGGAGCGUCUGAGAGGAAGAAGAGGAAGUCCAAAUGGCUGCUGGAAGACGCCAUUCCCAGCAACCAGUUGUCCUGCAGCUGGUCCUCCAACCACCACAUGGCCAACAUCUUUGACUUCACCCUGGACGAGCUGCAGAGCCUCAAGAGCAGCUCCAGUAGAACCGUCAGCAUUGACCAGGACUCCACCGAUGCCUCCACCUCGGGUUCGGCUACAACCAGCACCUCCUACCACUUCAGGAGGAGGGUGGGCAGUAGGAAGAGAAAGUUGCCAAGCAACAGCUACAUCCAGUGGGCCAAUCGCAGUGAGGUGGGGGAGGAGCUUGGAGGGGAGGAGCCUCCUGAGAUAAUGGAGGACCCGAGACACGCCCACUUACCAACAGACCCCGCCCACCUGCUAUCGGAGGCCUCACAGAUCCACUCUGACUCCUCCCUCCUCCACUCCUCCAUCUCGUCGUACUUCGGCGCGGCGGGGCGGCUGACCAAUGGGGAGCGCUACCAGGUGCUGGCUCGCCGGGUCACACCUCAGGGGACAGUGCAGUACCUGCUGGAGUGGGAGGGGACGACUCCUUAUUAGGACGUUACCAUAGCAACAGUGUUCAGGCCGUCUGAGAGGCUUUGAUUCGUGUUUCACCAAACUCAGCUGCUGAAUUAUAGUCACACCUGAGGGACCACCUGAUGUCUCUGAGAUGUCCACUUUUAAUCUAAGUUACUGAUUUUAACCUGCCACCAACACAAAACUUAAUUUUAGUUGUCCCUUUUGUGUCCCCAUAAACACCUGUCCUCCCUGUGUCCCCAUAAACACCUGUCCUCCCUGUGUCUUCAUAAACACCUGUCCUCCCUGUGUCUCCAUAAACACCUGUCCUCCCUGUGUCUCCAUAAACACCUGUCCUCCCUGUGUCUCCAUAAACACCUGUCCUCCCUGUGUCCCCAUAAACACCUGUCCUCCCUGUGUCUCCAUAAACACCUGUCCUCCCUGUGUCUCCAUAAACACCUGUCCUCCCUGUGUCUCCAUAAACACCUGUCCUAGCUGUCUGUGGUUCUCAGGUGAGUUUGGACGAAUCAGGAUUCAGAGCUGCUCAUGAUGCUGUCAACAGUAUUUAGUGAAAUCAACUUUGAAAUUCAGCUAAAGACCAGAACACACACACAUGCACACACGCACAUACACACACUCAUGCACACACAUGCAUACAUGCACAUACACACACGCACACAUGCACACACACACAGUGAUGUUAGCAUGUAGUUUUUACCUGUUGUGAUCAGACUGACAGCAGGUAGAAUUCUUCUUCUCUUCCUCUGAUUUGUCAAACAGUCAGAGUUGGUUUCCUGUAGCGCCCCCCAGCUGUCAAACAGCAUGCUGCCUCACCUGUCCUAACCUGACCUCACCUGUCCUCACCUGACCUCACCUGUCCCGUGUUGUGAGCCGUUCAGCAGUUGAACGUCCAUCUCUGGUUUGUGUCCCUGAGCAGAGAAGCUCUUCUGUCACACGUUUACCUGUGAUUUACCUGUGAAGUUCUCGUGACACCUGCAUUUGGUUUUACCUGAAGAAUCACCUGACAGCUUCCUGACAAACUGACUCCAGCCUCUGAUGUAUGUAAGCUCAAUAUUUUACAGGUGAGUUUUCUCAGGUGUGAGUCAGUUUGUGUCCAACACUGAGAACACACCUGGAGCUCACCUGGACAAACACCUGUUGGUUUACCCUCCUGUCUCUGCAGACACAUGAAUCUGUCACAUGAUCUCACCUGUAGAACAACACCUGCUGAAGUCACCUGAGAUGUGGGAAAAAAACUCCAAAUCCCUGGAAGUAAGGACUCAGUUUCCCAGAAUGCCCGGCGCUCCCUGCAGGUGUUUUCUUGCACUAUGAUCCAGUCCAUAUCUAUGCAACUAGUUAAUCUCCCUUUAGAUAAUUAAUCAGAGGCAUUGAUCAGUGAUCGAUGGGCUGCUUUAGCUUGAAGCUAACGCAGCCCGCUGAUCUUAAUGAGGAAUGCUAACAGGCUAACGGUCUCUGAGACGUUAAACUGUCACUCUGUCACUUUAAAUGUUGCCAUGGUAACCACACUCUGCUCCUAUUGACCUGGAAGACGAUUGUUUUGAACAUGUGACUGCUUCUGUUCAGCUGACCAAUCAGCUGCCAGCUUUCUCUGGAAUAAAAAAUACUGACCUUUGA